AUGGAAAAACUCGGUUCUCAUGAUCCAUUCCAGCACAGUACAUUAGCAGGUUUUCUAUUUGUUUUGAUAGAACUUUCAGUGAAAAAAUGCCACAGUACUCUUAGAUACUUUCUGAAGCGUGCCCUAGGUGAAAAGAGCGAUGUCAGCGUAUGGAAAAGCUCUGAUCUCAUGAUAUGUUUUAGUGCACUGCAUUUCUUCCUUGCUUCUGCAGAACUAAGAGCUGUUUACUAUUGUGAUGUUCUCCGCUGUGCAGAACUAAGCAGGGCACCUAACUCUUCUCGGACGUUGAAACGGAUGAAGACGUACCACUCUUAG